CUUUCACGCGGCAGCUCAGAGCUGAGCAAGCAGCAUCAGUAGCUGCAGCUUGCAUUGCUGCUUUGUAUUUAUGGAUUGACAAAAGUAUAUUCAUUUGCCUCCUGCGUACGUUCUUAAAAUGAUCGCCGAUGUCCGGAUUGAUUUGGGUGUAAAGUUUUGUUGUUUUUCUUCUCAGGUUCGACUGGGGACCCUAUCGCUGUAGUACCUUAUUCGGAUUACUGUGCAUGCGGAGCCCUUACAUUUUAAUAGUGGAGGAUAGUGCACUUUGUGCUGCUAGUACGUGGGAUUUGGUUGCCAGGAGAAGACGCGGGAUGUAUUCCGAAACUGACCCUUAUUAAAGUACGGUCAGUGAUGUUUGGUCAACAGUGAGCUAAAAAGCUGUAACUUUCCCAGAGAAGUUUGAGCGCAUCGCUGGGACCGGCUACUGUUAGGUCUCACACAGCUAGGCUACAGCCGGUUGGGCACCCAUUCUGUUGAGUCUGCCGACAUGGAUCAAGGGGACAGAGUGGAGGAUGAGUCCUCUGAAAAGUCUAAGGAUUCAGAUCGGCAGCUACGGCUGCGACUCUGCGUUUUAAACGAGAUUCUGAACACAGAGAGGGACUACGUUGGUACCCUACGUUUUCUCCAGUCUGCAUUCCUUCAUAGAAACCAGCAAAAUAUUACUGAAAAGGCAGAAAAGUACAUCACAGAAGAAAAUAUUAAGAUUUUGUUUUCCAAUAUUGAAGAAAUUCUGGAUGUUCACGUGGAGUUUCUGGAAUUCUUGGAGCGUUCUUUACUGCCUGAACCCCAGCCACAUCAUGAACUUGGAAAUGUUUUCCUUAAAUUUAAAGACAGGUUCCAUGUGUAUGCAGAAUACUGUAGCAACCAUGAAAAAGCACUGAGGCUGUUGCUGGACUUGAACAAAAUUCCAGAAGUAAAGGCUUUCCUGCUGGGCUGUAUGCUGCUGGGCGGUAGGAAAACCACUGACAUUCCACUGGAAGGCUAUUUGUUGACCCCAAUACAAAGAAUCUGCAAAUAUCCACUUCUUCUUAAGGAAUUAAUGAAGAGGACUCCUCCUAAACACCCAGAUCAUGCUGCUGUCCAAAAUGCCCUGCAGGCAAUGAAAACAGUUUGCACAAAUAUUAAUGAGACCAAAAGGCAGAUGGAGAAAUUGGAGGCUCUGGAACAGCUGCAGUCACAUAUUGAAGGCUGGGAGGGAUCUAAUCUGACAGACAACUGCACAGAGCUACUGCUCCAGGGGACCUUGUUAAAAAUUUCAGCAGGAAACAUCCAGGAAAGAGUGUUUCUCUUGUUUGAUAACUUGCUUGUCUACUGCAAGAGAAAGUCAAGAGUUGCAGGGAAAAAGUCAACUAAAAGAACAAAAUCUUUUAAUGGGUCGUUGUACAUCUUUCGUGGCCGGAUCAACACAGAGGUCAUGGAGGUGGAAAAUAUGGAAGAUGGAACAGCGGAUUAUCACAGCAAUGGAUAUAGUGUCACAAAUGGUUGGAAAAUACACAACACAGCCAAAAACAAAUGGUUUGUCUGCAUGGCUAAGACAGCUGAGGAUAAACAGAAAUGGCUGGAUGCUAUUUUGAAGGAAAGAGAGCAGAGAGAAAGCCUGAAGCUUGGAAUGGAGCGAGAUGCAUACAUGAUGAUUUCUGAAAAGGGAGAGAAGCUAUAUCACAUAAUGAUGACAUAUAAGAAGGGGAACCUCAUUAAAGACAGGCGGCGGAAGUUCAGUACUGUCUCAAAGUGUUUUCUUGGCAAUGAAUUUGUAUCAUGGCUGUUGGAAACUGGUGAAAUCAGCAAACCAGAAGAAGGUGUAAACCUGGGCCAGGCCUUGCUUGAAAAUGGGAUCAUUCAUCACGUUUCAGACAGGCACCAGUUUAAGAAUGAGCAGGUUCUGUACCGGUUUCGUUAUGAUGAUGGAACAUAUAAACCAAGAAGUGAGAUGGAAGACAUCAUGUCCAAGGGUGUGAGACUGUACUGUCGACUACAUAGCCUUUUCUCUCCUGUGAUAAAAGAUCGAGAUCAUCACCUGAAGACCUACAGGUCUGUAAUUCCUGCAAGUAAGUUAGUCGACUGGCUCAUUGCUCAGGGUGACUGUCAAACCAGAGAAGAAGCUGUUGCCCAGGGAAUCGGGCUUUGCAAUAAUGGUUUCAUGCACCAUGUACUUGAAAAGAGUGAAUUUAAAGAUGAGUCACAGUUUUUCCGUUUUUACGCUGAUGAAGAAAUGGAGGGGAGAAGCUCUAAGAACAAGCAGAGGAGUGACUUUAAGCUCAUAGAAAACAUCUUGGCCAAGUCCUUGUUGAUUCUACCACAAGAUGAGGAUUACGGGUUUGAAAUUGAAGAGAAGAAUAAAGCCAUUAUGGUGAAGAGCAUACAGAGAGGCUCCCAUGCUGAGAUGGCUGGCCUUCAGGCAGGAAGAAAAAUCUAUGCCAUUAAUGAAGACCUUGUUUUUAUGCGGCCCUUUCCAGAAGUGGAGAUGAUUUUAAACCGUUCUUUCUGUUGUCGCAAGCCUCUGCGGAUGCUGGUGGCUAUAAAAGCUAAAGAAAUUAUCAAAAUGCCUGAUUGUCCUGGAACACUGUCCUUCCAUAUCCGAGGAUCUGCACCAUCAUACGUCCGUGCUGUGAGGAGAGGGUCAGAAGCUGCGGCUGCAGGGCUCCUGCCAGGUCAGUGCAUCCUUAAGGUGAAUGGCACUAGUGUCAGCAGUGAGAGUUACACAGAGGUCUUAACACAUUUCAGUGCGUCCAGCAAUUGCCAACAGCAGCAUCAACUUCUGGACCCUUCCCAGUGGGUUUAUAGGACUUUUGAAGAUGCUGAGGAAGACUACUUUCAGAAAUCAAUUGCCGGCUUUAACCUACCUGAUGGUGAUGAAACUGACCCAGCUGGGGAUGGGAAUGAAGAUCUGGAUGACUUGGCAAAAGACCAACAACUGGCGAGAGAUGUGAGUCAGUGUUUGAGUACACAGUUAACAAUCAGUGAGGAUGUUCCACUCAUCAGCAUGACUGUCGAUAAUGUUCACCUUGAGCAUGGGGUUGUGUACGAAUAUGUCAGCACAGCUGGAAUUAAGUGUCAUGUCUUGGAAAAAAUGGUCGAACCCAAAGGCAUUUUCACUCUAAUUUCAAAGAUUUUGAAUGUCUUUGCUGAAGAUGACAAUCAGUUUUUGAACAACUAUAGCAGACUGAUUGGUGCAAAUAACGUUCCAGCAUCUGAAUCUCAGUGUGAGUUCCAGAACAUCUGUGAUGCAAAACUGGAGCGAAUCAGCAACAGGAUUGUUACAUACAAGGAGUUUGCAGAAGAAUUAAGAAGUAAAGCAUGGCCAUCAUUUAAACAAGCAACAAGGAAGGUCGAGCCUUUGAGCAGCAUAGAUUUCUGUCCAACUAAUUGUCAUUUGAAUAUAAUGGAGGUGUCCUACCCCAAAACUACCACUUCAGCAGGGAGGACAUUCAGCAUUCGAUUUGGUAGAAAAAAUUCCUUCUUUGGACUGGACCAAGAUCAAGGUGCUAUGUCUCCGAUGUCAUACACACAGCACUGCAUUACCACCAUGGCCGCCCCAUCUCGCCAGUACAUUAUUCAAGAAGAUGCUGACUCAAAUGGACUAGUGGGGCAUGAAGGAGGUACACAUGACAGCAGCUUCAUCCAACAAAAUGGACUGGCAAAUCAAGAAAAUGAAGGCCUCACGUCAUCAAAAGAAGAGGAUAUAGAGACUCAGAAGUCAUACUUCCAUCUUUUCAACAAACUAGACCUUGCAGUGAAAGAAAUGAAGCAAUAUGUUGCCCAAAUAGAUGUGCUUCUGUCUUCCAUAACAGAACCCACAACAUGUGAGGCCCACUCCAGUGAAGAGACACUACAUUCUUCCUUGAUGGCGGAGGAAAGUGACAGUGAUAAGACUGACCAUGGUGGAAGUAAAAAGGUCUGUUUCAAGGUGUCACAAGAGGAUCAGGAGGACUCAGGACAUGAUACCAUGAGUUACAGGGACUCCUACAGUGAAUGUAACAGCAACCGUGAUUCAGUGCUGUCAUAUACAAGUGUCCGCAGCAAUAGCUCCUACCUUGGCAGUGAUGAAAUGGGAUCAGGAGAUGAACUACCUUGUGAUAUGAGAAUUCCUUCAGACAAACAAGAUAAGCUCCAUGGCUGCCUUGAGCAUCUCUUCAAUCAAGUUGAUGCUAUUAAUGCACUUCUCAGGGGACAUGUAAUGGAGAAGGCCUUUGAGGAAACAAAGCACUUUCGUACAGAACUCAGCCUACAAGAAUUCAGGAGUAAGGAGGAGUUCACAGUGCGGUGCCGGAAUUUAAUCCAAAUGAGCGUACAAGAGGAUCCCUGGAAUCUUCCCAGUUCGAUCAGGAACCUUGUGGAAAGCAUUCAGAAAUAUGUAGAAGAUGGGAAGAAUCAGCUACUUUUAGCACUCCUUCAGUGUACAGACCCAGGACUACAGUUACAGCGAGAUGUUAUCUUCUGUCAGUGCCUUGUAUCUGCAAUAUGUGCCUUUUCUGAGCAGCUGCUGGCAGCCCUCAACAACCGAUAUAACAACAAUGGCGAGUACGAAGAGGCAAGUCGAGAGGCCAGUAAGAAGUGGCUGGAACAAAUCACAGCUACUGGGGUUUUACUCAGUUUUCAGUCAUUGCUGUCCCCAUCUGUGAGAGAAGAACGUGUAAUGCUUGAUGAUGUCAUUGCAGCACUGGGGGAUUUGGAGAAGGUGACAUUUUGCUUCAGACAGCUCGAGGAAGAUUACAUAGCAACAAAUGCCUCCAUUCUAUACCACAUUGAAGGAAACCGACAAUCCUUAAAAGUUAUAUAUUACCUAGAGAGCUAUCAUUUCUCAGAAUUGCCUUGCAAGUUACAGAAUGGACGAAAUUUAAAGGUGCUCCCUGUUUUGUUUUCCAAAGCUCUAGAAAGUCAUGAAGGCCAGCCGUACCCAGAUAAUGUACCUCUAGAAGAAUAUGAGCAACAGAUCAACAGACUUUCACUUGAAAAAGUACAACAGUAUUACCGCAAAAUCAGAGCAUUCUACUUAGAAAGGUCAAACCUGCCAUCUGAUUCUAGUACAACAGCAGUGAAGAUUGACCAGCUGAUUCGUCCAAUAAAUGCACUAGAUGAGCUUUGCAGGCUGAUGAAGGCACUGGUUACUUCCAAGUCACCAUCUUCGGGGAAUUCCAGCAUUGCUGCUUUGGGUGUUGGUCUCUUGCCAAUUUCUUCAGAACUCUGUUAUCGUCUUGGAGCUUGCCAGAUUGCAAUGUGUGGCACUGGAAUGCAGAGGUGCACUCUGAAUGUCUCCUUGGAAUUUGCUGCUACCCUUGCACGGAGCCAUGGGUUGUUACCCAGAUGUAUCAUGCAGGCCACUGACAUCAUGAGGAAACAGGGUACAAGGGUAGAAAUUUCUGCCAAAAAUAUGAAGGUGAUGGAUCAAAUGCCACAGUCCGCCCCGAGACUUUACCGUUUGUGGCAGCCCCCAGCUGAUGGAGAUAUGUAGCAAUGAAGGAGGGUGAUGGUAUCUGUGUAAAGGCAGUGUUGAAUAGCACUUCCGGUGUAAAGAUGAUAUCAGGUGGCACUUCCUGUGUAAAGGCAAUGGUGGAUGCACUUCCUGUGUAAGGAUGACAGUGGAUGGCACUUCCUGCAACAUUACUGGAUACCACUAUUUGUUCAGCCUGAUAAAUCUUCAAAACACAGUAAAAUGACUCCCUAAAACAAAACGUGGAAAAUUAAGCUGUUGUAUUUUCUGCUUGCCAUUUAUAAAGACGUAUGAAAUCUACUUGGGCCAGUACCUUAAGACCAACUUGGUCAUGUGCAUUCCUUUUCAAAGCAUUUUUUUUAAGUAUACAUUACAGCUCAUUUUUUUGAAGCUGGAGCUGCUUUUUACCUGGUUCUAGAAGGUUAAGCAUCAGAUGUAGAAAACAAUGUUGACCUUUGAACAGUACUGGACUGGUUAUCUUUACCAUGUUGGUAACAUCAUCAUUUGCUUUUUUUGUCCUUGUGUAGUAUCACAGAUCAAAGAAAACCAGAGGGACCACAUUUGGUUAACCGUGGCAUGCAUUUAGUGUUUGGAUUGCUGCAAGUUUAGCUUUUUUAUUGAUUCAGACAUUUGGAUCAGUUACCUUCAGUGAGGUACCGAACAUGUCACUGCAAGAGCAAUGGAAGAUAAUUAAAAAAAAACUCUGCACUUUUCCUACUGCAAAUAGCACAAGAUUCAGGUUACAGAUGCUGAAAUCUCAAUGAAGUAUUUAUUAUAUAUAGUACAGUUCCUGGAAAGUGUUGUGAACUAAAUGAUCCAGGACAUUGUACUUCUUUAUGUUACAAACAGAACUUUGGAUCAAGCACAUCCAUAUAAAGAAUAUAGUACAUUCCACCCUUUUUCGAAUUUUCACUGCAUAUGAUUUGGUGGUGAAAUUUUUAACAGUUUUAACAAAUUGUGCAAUAGGUAGUCUGAUUGUAUGAUUCAUUUUAGUAAUUGAGCUAUAUCACAGUUCUUGGAAAGAAUUUUAAAAUGAAGAUACAGAAGAAAACUAAUGACUGCAAUGCCUAACAAUGAAGAAUUUCCCAGAAAAAUAUGGAUUAGAAUUAUAGUUAUUUAUGAGAAUUGGAAAACUGUUCCUAUAUCACUGUAAUGAAAUAUACUGAGGUUUUAAACAAGUAAAUAACUAUUUUGUGUUCAGUGGGACCAGUCCUAAUUAUCAUGUAUACCAAUUGUAUUUGCAUGGGUUCCUACAUUAUUUAACAUUUGAGAGGGUAGUAUUUAAGAGUUCUUUGUUGCGACCUGUAGAAAGAGUAAGGGACUAUGUAAGUGAUAUAUCAUUGCAUAAGUUAAAGUUUUGUGCUUUGUAACCCCCUUUUUAUUUUAUCAGUAUUAUACUUAGUCCUUAUAGGUUAAGGACAAAAAUGUAAUUAAUAGCAAUGUCAAUGAUAUUGUGAUCAAAUGCCUAGGGGAUCCUGAUACAGUGCCUUUUUUGUAUGACAUUUGCUGCCUUCAGUGUACCUGACUCAUUGAAAGGAAUGUAUACCUUUCACUUUCACCAUGUUAAAGCCAUAUUCUCUGUGAACAUGUAGCGAAAGGGCAUACUUACUCUGAAGGGUUACAGUUAAUCUCUUCAGAUUUAAAGAGGAAGAUGUUCAGAUCAGUAGUGUUGUUACUAAUAGUAUGAUUGUGUGGGUCUAUAUUAGAUCCACGAACGCUUAAAUGUUCGAAUCUCUAAAGGUCGAUCUUUAGAGAU